UCACUCUCUCUUCACCUCUACCUCUGCAGUACCUCUCUCUCGCCCAUUCCUCCCUGUGCCGGCUAGGGAGACACGCACUUUCUGCUUUUCUGCCUGGCUGCUGGCGCCGCUCCAGCAUCCCUCUGUGCCUCUUGUGUGUUCUCCUCCCCCCCUCCAGCCUAUGUCUCCCCCCUAUGGGGUUUGUCGGCCAGCCUGCUACCCUGGCUGUUGCUGCUGCUGCUGCUGCUGGAGCAGUGGAUCUGUUUGACACUACGCUGCUGCACUGCUACCGCUCUGCCUCGCUUCUCCUCUCUGCCUUUCGCCUCACACUCUGCUUUGCUGGAUAAUCACCACUGAGUCUGCCAGAGACAGCGACAGAAGACAGGAAAGGAGGGAGCCAAAGGGACCAAGAGGCUGCACUCUUCAAUCAACUGCUGCAUUCUUCAGUCUGUCUUUUUCCCUCUGCUUUCCUGGGCUGCUGGAGAGCAGAGCAGGGAACAACUGGACAAGAGAGAGCUCCCAGAAGGAAUCUAUCCUCCUCUUUAUUGCGCUUCCUCCCUCUGUUCAUUCCUGGGACAGAGUGCAGAGGAGGAGAGAAGAGGGAGGGACUGAGAUCAGGACUUGAGACUCUUCCUUCGGCUACACAGCUCAGUGUCCCACCUUGCUCCAGAGGCACAUAAGUCAAACACACACAGUAGCUGGCAGACCUGAAGACAGACACACUUUCUGUAACACAGAAGGACAGACAGGACCACAGACAGACAGACGGGUGGUGUCGGUGUCAUGGCGUCAGUGGACAGCACCGGUUCGGGUGUCUCUGGUCGGCUGAGAUCUGGGGAUCUACUUCAGGCUGGUCUGGCAGUUGCACUGCUGCUGGGUAUAUGGACUGCUGGUGGACUGGAGGUUUCGACAGGUAAAGUGUCUCAGAUUGAAGCAAUGAAUGGCUCCACAGUUCUGCUGACCUGCACCUCCUCCUCCUGUAUUGGCAUCAAAAACCUCUACUUCAACUGGCAGUAUAAUGACAAUGGAACCUUUAGGAAGUUAUGUGAAGGACUAAUUCCUAUGGAGUAUGUGGAGCCGGAUGUCAAGGUGUACCAUGAGCGAGUGGAGUUCGUCGGGAACUCAAAGCCUCCUCACAUGAACAUUUCCAUCUUGCUGUGGAACAUCACGUUUGAAGAUGAAGGAGAGUACAUCUGUUUUGCCAGGAACCCGAAAGAGAAGAACCGCAACCACAGCGCUGUCUUCACGCUUAUAGUGGUGGACCAAAUGAAGGAGGUUGACAAUACUUUGACAGUCAUUAUUGUCUCAGUGCUGGGUGGAGUCAUUGGCUUAGUUAUCAUCAUCAUGGUGAUAAAGGCCUUGGUUGUUCACUUCCUGUUGAAGGAUGAUGAGAAGAAUAAAGAGUGCUUGGUGAGCUCCUCAGGGAAUGACAACACAGAAAAUGGACUUUCAGGAGCCAAAGCUGACAACAAAGGAACACCAAAGGCUUGAGCAAGAUGCAAAGUAUGUCUGUACGUUUGUAUAUACGUUAGACAAAUGUACACGCUCAGAGAAAAAGUUAUCAUCGGUGGACUGUUUUAUCUUACUAGUGGCUAACUAAUACAACUUGUAAAUGUCUAUUUUAAAUCAUGCUUGAGAUUUGGGAAGUGUGAAAUGUGCAUAGGCCUGGAUCACUCUCUCACUUACAUGGCAGCCCAAUUGUGACACAGACCACAGCCUGUUACUGAAUUCAGCUCUACAUGUUACUGAACCGAACAUUUUCUGAUAUAUACGGCCUCCAGUUUCACACACUUGAGGUUUCCACACCUUCCACGAUAACCUCUUUUUUUACUGAAUGCAUGUCCUCAUAAAAUAUUAUUCAUGUUUUCAUAUUAUUCAUUAAUAUUACUCAUGUAUGUUUUAACUGCUACAUGAAUUUAGAGGAAGGACUGAUCCUCCAGUGCAUUAAGAUACUUUUUUACAGAACAAAUUUAAGCCUUUAACUUCCACUUCAAAACAUACUUUACAGUCUUAGCUGACAAGCUACCAUAAGUUUGAUUCUUAGUUUAAAAUUCCUGAGGUUCUCAUCUUCUCCAGAACUCUUCGUCAAACUUGGACCCAAACUAAGCUGACCACACUUGGAUACCACAAAGAAUUGCCAUAAUCUAUGAACUGCCAUGAUGUUCGCUGAACAUCGCCUAACUGCUGAAAUGCUUCUUUUAACCGUCACACGACACUGAUGUAAAUCCACCAGUGAACACAAACCAGAGGACCAUUAACCAAGAUUAUUUUUUUCAUAAGUGAAAGCCAACAUUUUUCAGUCACUCUGAAAUAAAAUGAUCUGUAAAUAACACAGGUAAAUAUACAUUUUUAAUGCUGCUUGUAAAAUGGCAUUUCAACGUUUAAGGAUCUGGUAGAGUACUGAUUGAAAGUGAACUUACUCUUGUGUUGGCUUUCCAGGGGUCUUAAAUGCUAUUUUUUCCUGACCUUUCCGUCCUGAUCGACUGGCCUUAACCUCUACAAUGCCAGUCUGAAGUUUACCGUUUACUGCUGGGUCCAGGUUAGACACACUGUUGGGGUGUUUGGUUCAUUAAUGCUGACGGGAGAUUUUGAUAGAGCGCAGGUUAACUGAGGCUGACAACUGGGCUCUCCAAAGGUGACUGAAGGAUCCAGUUCUGCACAGGUUUUAUUGUUUUGCUUUAGAUAAACACAGGUGCCUGUUCUGCUUCUGCUCCCUCUGCUGGUGGGAGGAUAAAAACACAGAAAAUAUAUAUAAAAAACAAAAAAAAACAACAACCCUAACCCUCAUCAAAGACAAUCCCCAGCCUACCCAGCUCCCUAUAGAAAGGAAUGAACUUAAUCAUGCUGCUUCUGACUAAUAACCAAUGCAUUUUUAGCAUGUGCACAUUUUAUAGAACUUCAUAUAAGUAUAUGUUGCACCACAGUACAGGAACAUUUCCUUGUGUCUCCGUCUGGUCCCAUUUAAUCCUCCAAAUCAACCUGAAGUGUCAAAAGACCUGUCAACGCCCCUCCCAACACUGCUACAACCUUUUUUUUAACCCCUUUAACCAGGUCAGGGAUGGAAACUUUUAGGUAUUGGCCUGCAGGUAUGACUGGGAAAGAUAGACACUUACUCUGAAUCUAAGAAUGUUUUAUUAACUCUAAGUUUGAGUCAUACAGUUAAACAACGUUGCGAAAGGAGCAAAAGAAGUUGGCAUUUUCUUUCGUGGUGCACUAGAAUAACUUGCAAGCCAAGACAGCAACAAAUGCACCUCUCCAGAUACUUAUUUCCCGUUUCCACAUUUGUAUGUGGACUCAAACUGGAUUCAAAAGUAAACCUGUAGAAAACAACAUGACAAUACAACGUGUGUGUAUAUAUAUACAAACACACACACACACACACACACACAUAUAUAUAUAUAUAUAUAUAUAUGUACUUGUAACUGUGCUAUAGGCCAAACAAGUCCAUUAAUAAAGUCUCAGUGGUGCAGGUAGCCCAGCAGUGGGACAGAUCACUGCAGAAGAAUGUAAAGACUGUCAGGGAAAACGUGUAAAAUAUUGUCCAAAAAAACCAUUUUAAUUCUUUACAAAGAAAUUAUAUCCAGUGUUAGUAUUAUUAUAAAGUGAAUGUGUGAAUAUCCCUCAAGAGCAGUGGUACAGUUUUGUUGGACCACUAUAAUAUUCUAUGUAAGUCUCUAGCUAUUGACUAUACUUAAAACUUUGAGCGUUGAAGAUUAUAUGAAGAUUGAUCUGAGUUUUCAAAGAGAACCAGUGUAUUAGCACUUAAAAUUAUAACAGGUAUGCGAGAGUUUUGUGGGCGCUGAUGAGAGCAAACUGACAAAUAAAAAAUCCACACUUUCUACACAUACAUUACAAUGUAUAUGGAAGAACAUGUCCAAUUUUAACAGCAUUUAACAUGUUUUUUUUUGCUUAGCAGAAACAAAACAGGAAAAGCCAACAAAAUCUGGAUAACAUCAUGUCUCCACUUUACCCUGUGAUAAGUCAACACGGAUGAGCUCAGUGCUAAAAUGGCCAAUGAAACCUAGAGCGCCCUCCUCAUGCGACUCUCCAUGAGAGAAGUCACUUUUGUGAAGCUGCCAGACAUGACUUGCUACACCCACAUACUUUAGUACAUAGCGUAAAUAGCUACAACAGCUGAAAGCUACACGCAAACACACACAAACACACAUAUACUCAGCUACAACGAGCCACUUUGAUACUAGAGGGUAGCACAUUGGCCUUGCGUGCAAACAAUACAGCACUUUACUGGUGGUCAGAGUGACUUCAUGGAACAACAAAUAGUAGAAGUGACCUCACAGUCAUCAUUGUCUGACAGUAUAUUACAAGAGUUUUGAAAAAAAUAACAUUUUAACAUUGUAAUUUUGACUGAUACCUGACAACAGCACUGUGUCGACAUGGUUUUAGCACUGAGUACAUGUUGUCUUACUGGAACAGAACUCUAUGGUGAAAUUUUAUGUUAUUUUUCUAUUUGUUCACUUCUGUCAGCCUGCUGCUCUGUAAUAUUGGAGUGCAUUUCCCUUCUUGCUUUCAAUGGAAGCAAUAAGACGGACAUCAGAUUAUGCAAUAACCUGUUAUAAGGCACUUUAUAGAUGUGCCUGGACUGGCUGAUAACCGUCUGUCCAAGGCAUAGAUCAUUGUACCAAUGGAUGUAUCUACACUACACAAAUGUAUCUUAGUUCGACUAAUGUAUUGAUAUUAAGAUCAUAUAUCUACAUUAGACAGUUUUUUUCCUGCAUUGGAUCAAUCUACAUUAGAUCCCAUUUACACUUGGCACAGAAUUCCUUUCGUGGAUGGAAGUUCUAUCAAGAAGAACGAGAGCUCAAAGCAACAUUAUGCAACGUUUUUGACAUCAUGGCCCAUUUGAACCUAUUUUGUGAAACUUCAGGAGCCAGACUGAAUUCUGAUAGUACUCAGUUAACCAUAUGGCUUUGAUAUUUAGUGGCUCUCUGUAUCAAGUUAGAAAAAAAAUCUUACAAGAUAAUACAUGUGCUGCAGGAAGACAAAAUGCUGUGAAGAUAACCCACACAAAUGUUGAAAUGCACAGCUUUUCUGUGGUUGCAGUGCAUUGCAUUUUUUAAACAUUGCACACUGGAUUGAUGAUAUUAUCUUGUGUUUUGGCUAUUUGAAUGGGUUUCCUAAAAUAGAGCAUGUUUUGCUCUCAGGGCUACCACACUAAUCGGUUCCAAAAAGCCUGACUGAAGUCUGAUUGCUAUUUGGCACCUAUAAAACACCAUGCAAGACACAAUAAUAUUCUGUGUUUCUCCUUUCACAAAUGCAUUGCAUUUUUUUCUGAGUUUAUCUUUACAGCAACCCUUGUCACAACCACAGAAAACAUUAUUACUCCACUAUCAUAUAUGCACUCAACACUUUGGAUUGCCAUUUCGGUGAUGUUUUGCACUAAGACAACCUCUGUUUGUCAUGAAUGUCUUUGGAAGAUCAAUGCAUCCACUUGAACACCAUCUGCAUAAAUGUGUCUCAGAUUGCCUUCUGAAUUCUUUCAGGCAAUCAGAUUUUAUUCAAUAGACAAAUACAAUGCAGAAGCAUUCGAGAAACAACACAGUGUAAAUCUGGUCACACCUCGGUUUGAACUGUCAUUCGCUGGGCAAUUUAGGUGUUUAAUAAGUCUCAAAUGGAAUUUUAUUGCUCGGUGUAAAUGGGAUUAGGAAUGGUCUGUGUUCAUAGAACUUAGAUAGCGAUAAAUAUGUAAUGUACUACUGUGAGUACUGUAACAGCUAAUAACACUGUCACUGUAUGUGUGCAGCGUUAGAAGUGAUACAGUAUCUUUGUUAUGCUGUAAAAAUGUGAAUGUUAUGAUAUAGGGAAGCACUACACGCACACAUGCGCACACAUGCACCAGACACACCCCCACCCACAUGCUCACACACGUCUAAUCAGUCAUGUGCAGAUCCCUCUGUAAAGAGGGGAUAUACAUCCAAAGUCUUCCUGUAGGAAAAAGCAAUAUUGUGGAGUUGAUCUGUCCGUUAGUGCACUUUCCUUCCCCCCAUACCUUUAACCUAGACAUAGCAGUACAACAACACAGCAGAUGGUUUCACGGAGGGAUUGUGAUGCAUAACUCCAGACUAUAGAUUUGUGGCCACAGCUCCCAUUGUUUGGUCCACAUAUUUUUCUGUCAUACCUAAUUUUAUUUUUAUGUUUUCUGAAGUGAAUCCCAUUAACCUUGCCAGAAAAAAUGUUUCUUCUCUCUGCCAGUACAAAAUUAUUAACUGAAAAACCUCAAUAUAAAAAAAACCUGCCCAGCCAACCAGACAUAUAAAAAUAAAGAGGGCGUAGGAGUGAUGUUCUGUUUUAAUAACAACCAGGUUUAUGUGUGACACAUGAACUACUGCUGCCUGAUUUAAUGCAUUAAUUCAGAUCUAGUUGCGGUACAGUUGCCUUCAUAGUUCUAGUCGCUUUCAAAAAUCAGAUUUUUGCUUUCUUCUUGGUAUUCUGAUCUGUCUUGUUGUCCUCCCUAAACACCUGUCCUGAACCUCACAUGAGUCUUGAGGCCAGCUAGCUGCUUGCAGUCAUUGAUGCAGUACAGUGUGCACUGUAGAGUGUAGGACGCUACUUUGCAGUGGUGCAAUACGGUACAAUAAACACAGUUUGACUGCCACCCAGUGGUAAAUGUCUAACACAUCAGAUAAAUUCCUCUCUCCUGCAACAUGCAUUCACUGCAUUUUGAUUGGGACUAUAAGGAUAGCAUACUUUAAAAAAGAGCUGUCAUUUAACGCAAGCUGAAUUAUAAUUUUGUGCAGCUGUGUGAUACAAUAAAUGCCACAGUUUUCAUGGUUAAAACAAUAUAUUAUUAAACUAAAAUACAGUGCUGCAGUUGUUGCUACUGCUUUAUAUAAUGCUAAAAGAUAGCUUGUAAAAAUAAUAAAAAUAAAAAAUUAAUCCCUAUGCCGAAUUAAAGGGAUGUUAAUAUUCAAUCAAAGGAGAUAUAUAGGUUUACACAAAAUCUACGAGGAAAGGGAUCCAUGAAAAAAUUUGUACAAAUGUUGAUCCGUUCUCAGACCUUGCCAGCUGAGAGUAAGAUUUAAACACUUACAGUGUUUAGCAUUACAUGAAGAUUACUCACUACAAUGGGAAAGUGUUCUGAUUGACCAAUAUGAUUCCUUAGAGUUAGUAUUGCUCUUACUGCCAUAGCAGCAGAAACUCACACUGCCAAGCCAAGAGUCUGACGUCUGCUCUCUUCCUCCCACAUUCCACACCAGAGCUGCAACGAUUACUCAAUUACUCGAUUAAUCAAUUAAAGGAAAACUAAUUGUAAACUUUUUUAAAUAAAGGUUAAUUGUUUCAGUGAUUUUUGAGCAAAAUGCCAAAAGUUUGAAGGUUCUGUGUUUUCAAAUGUGACAAUUUGCCACUUUGGUCCUAGUUUACACAACAGUAACAGUAUAAGAAAUGUAAUAAUGUCACCUUGUGUUUCAAGGAAUUGUGAUGGGCUUUUAUUUUAAUCUCUUUGACUAUUUUCUCAUGUUUUAUAGACCAAACCAUCAUUGGAGAAACAUAAAUAAAAUCACUGACAGAUUAAUAAAAUGAUGGUUAGUUGCAGUUCUAUUCCGCACAAAUUUAAAGUUCAAACCGCUGAACUUCAGUUAAGCGAAAAGUUAACUUCACAGCCAUCGUGACUCAAGGAGAUGAGAAAUGAAAUAAGUUGAAACAGGAGAAAUGUGUCCUUAUUUUGACACAAACACAUGUUUCCAUUGUAAGAAUUUUUAAACAGUUAACUAUGUUCAAAUUAUCGGUAGUGAUUCCAACCUAUGAUGCAUGUUGUGAUCUAUUAUGUGUCAAUGUUAUCUAGUAAACUGCUUCCUUAAACCCUUGAAAGAGAUUAUCUUAUAGAGCAAGGCUAGCUAGCUACAGAUUUUAAUUCUAAGCACAGGCUGACACUGACCUCUCCACCAUUUCUCACAACAGUCCUGCAUUUUAAACUCAUUUAACAGUAUUUUUACACACCCAAGGGUUGUAAAACAUAAUUGUAUCUUAAUCAAAGCAACUAACUCAUAUCUACACAUUUUAUCCUAACCAAUCUAAGGACACUGAUGUUAUACGAAUUAUAGGAUUUUACAGUAAGUUGACAUCUUGCAGCAGAGUUCUAUAUUUUGCUUACAUCACCACAAUGUAUUCAACACGCACACAUGCAAAACCGAUCUGCAGCCCCAGUUUUCCUGGAUCAACUUUCCUGUGAAUGUUCAGCCGUUUGUCUUGUGUUUGUGACCAUGUUGCUCAUGCUCCCUUCAUGACUAUGCACCUCAAACUUCUGACUUGUUAAAAACUACAUACUGAAAAUAAAAUGUUGAUUGAA